GCGCUUAGCUUUCUGGUUGGAUGUUUUGGGUGAGUUUCUUGGCGCGCAUGCGUGUUGUGUCUCAAGGGCGGGUUUGAAGGGAAGUGGGUGUUGACCUGCGGGCAACUGACGCUGUUGUCAGAUUACACCCGUGACGGUGCGGGUCUCGGGCGUUCUGGAGAUACGUAGGGGUGAAUUUAUGUUUCCGACGAUUGCAUCUGGAGGGGUGUGUAAGACUCUGUGGCUGAAGAAAGCUAUUACGCUUCUUAUGUGGGUCAUUAUUUUAAAAAUAGCAUUUCGGUUUUAUUUGCUUGACUGCCUCUUCUCAACAAAUUUUAAGCCCGCCACUACAUGUGUUUGGUUUUGCCCUACCAGCUCUGGGGUUGGGGAGUGCACUGUUAUGGUUAUUGUUGCUCCUGUGGCCAUUCUCUUGUCAUCCCCACUUUCACAUUUUGGCGUGGUGUAUUAAUAGACUGAGUGGGAUUAAUGGGUAAAUAUGACUUUAUAGUCAGCUCUAAUCCUGGAUUCAAUAUCAGAAUUUAGAUUUUCAGCUUUGUGGAUGUUCGACAUUUUAAAAACAGUUAUUGCAAAGAGGUGAAAAUUUUGUUCUGAAGUCUUAAGGACACAGAGAAAGUUUUUCCGUCCUUAAGUGUGGGACUUGUUUUGUGACCAACAAUAUGAAAGGCUCUGAGGUCAGCUUGGAGAAGAAAAAAAAGAUUAAGAUGCCAGUGAAGAGACUUCGUGAGGUAGUUUCUCAGAAUCAUGGAGAUCAUUUGGUUUUGCUGAAAGAUGAGUUGCCCUGUGUUCCUCCGGCAUUGUCUGCAAAUAAACGUCUUCCUGUUGGAACGGGGACUAGUUUGAAUGGAACAUCACGUGGUUCAUCAGACUUAACUUCUGCUAGAAAUUGUUACCAGCCUCUAUUAGAAAAUCCCAUGGUGUCAGAAAGUGAUUUUUCUAAAGACGUUGCAGUGCAAGUGUUGCCUUUGGAUAAAAUAGAAGAGAACAACAAACAAAAAGCCCUGGGCAUCCUACUUUUUGUCUCUAUGAAUUUGACUACCCUAGCAAAUGACAUCUUCAUUUCUCAGUAUACAAUGGGACAGAAAGAUGCUCUAAGAACAGUUUUAAAGCAAAAAGCGCAAAGCAUGCCUGUUUUUAAGGAAGUAAAGGUACAUCUGUUAGAAGAUGCAGGCAUAGAGAAGGAUGCUGUUACUCAGGAGACUAGAAUUUCACCCAGUGGAAUUGAUUCAGCUACAACCGUGGCUGCAGCAACUGCUGCUGCCAUUGCAACCGCAGCUCCAUUGAUAAAGGUGCAGAGUGAUUUGGAAGCAAAAGUCAAUUCUGUUACAGAAUUACUUAGUAAAUUACAGGAGACUGAUAAACACCUACAACGUGUUACAGAGCAGCAAACAAGCAUUCAGAGGAAACAAGAGAAACUACAUUGUCAUGAUCACGAAAAGCAAAUGAAUGUGUUUAUGGAGCAGCACAUAAAGCAUCUUGAAAAGUUACAACAACAACAAAUAGAUAUUCAGACUCAUUUUAUUAGUGCUGCACUCAAGACUAGUAGUUUUCAGCCUGUUAGUAUGUCCUCCUCCAGAGCAGUGGAAAAGUAUUCCGUAAAACCAGAACACCCUAAUCUUGGUAGCUGUAAUCCAUCUUUAUAUAACACAUUUGCUUCCAAACAAGCACCUUUAAAAGAAGUUGAAGAUACGAGUUUUGAUAAACAGAAAUCUCCUUUGGAGACACCAGCACCUCGCAGAUUUGCUCCUGUACCUGUUUCAAGGGAUGAUGAACUAUCAAAGAGGGAAAAUCUUUUGGAAGAAAAAGAAAAUAUGGAAGUGUCAUGUCACAGAGGAAAUGUAAGACUAUUGGAACAAAUUUUGAAUAAUAAUGAUUCUUUGACAAGAAAAAGUGAAUCAUCAAACACCACCUCACUAACUAGGUCAAAAAUAGGAUGGACUCCUGAGAAAACAAACAGCGUUGAAACUCUACCUUCUCAAAGAUUUCCUUCCUGUGAAGAGCUAGAAACAACUAAAGUGACUAUGCAGAAGUCUGAUGAUGUUCUUCAUGACCUUGGCCAAAAGGAGAAAGAAACAAAUAGCAUGGUCCAGCCAAAAGAAUCUCUGAGUAUGUUGAAGCUUCCAGAUCUUCCACAGAAUUCUGUUAAGCUUCAAACAACCAAUACAACAAGAUCUGUAUUGAAAGAUGCUGAGAAGAUUUUGAGAGGAGUACAAAACAAUAAAAAAGUACUUGAAGAAAACCUGGAAGCUAUUAUUCGUGCAAAAGAUGGAGCUGCCAUGUAUUCGCUUAUCAAUGCUUUAUCUACCAACAGAGAGAUGUCAGAGAAAAUUAGGAUCAGAAAGACAGUGGAUGAAUGGAUUAAAACUAUUUCUGCAGAAAUUCAGGAUGAACUGUCAAGAACAGAUUAUGAACAAAAAAGAUUUGAUCAGAAGAAUCAGAGAACCAAGAAAGGUCAGAAUAUGACUAAAGAUAUUAGAACCAACACACAAGAUAAAACUGUCAACAAAUCUGUAAUUCCAAGAAAACAUUCUCAAAAGCAAAUAGAAGAGCAUUUUAGAAAUCUACCUAUGAGGGGCAUGCCUGCUUCAAGUUUACAGAAAGAGAGAAAGGAAGGGCUUUUGAAAGCAACCACAGUAAUACAAGAUGAAGAUUAUAUGUUACAAGUCUAUGGAAAGCCAGUUUAUCAGGGCCAUCGAAGCACUCUUAAAAAAGGACCAUAUCUCAGAUUUAAUUCUCCAUCUCCUAAGUCCAGACCACAGAGACCAAAAGUAAUAGAACGAGUUAAAGGCACUAAGGUAAAGUCAAUAAGAACACAGACUGACUUCUAUGCAACAAAACCUAUGAAGAUGGAUUCUAAAAUGAAACAUUCUGUUCCUGUGUUACCUCAUGGCGAUCAGCAAUAUUUGUUCAGCCCAAGUAGAGAAAUGCCUACUUUUUCAGGUACAUUGGAAGGUCAUCUGAUUCCUAUGGCAAUUCUUUUAGGACAAACCCAAAGUAAUAGUGAUACCAUGCCACCUGCUGGAGUGAUUGUCAGCAAGCCACACCCUGUAACUGUGACUACUUCUAUUCCUCCAUCAUCUCGAAAAGUAGAAACUGGAGUAAAGAAACCUAACAUAGCCAUUGUAGAAAUGAAGUCAGAAAAAAAGGAUCCUCCUCAGCUUACUGUGCAGGUAUUACCCAGUGUAGAUAUUGACAGCAUUUCAAAUAGUAGUGCUGAUGUCCUUUCACCUCUGUCUAGCCCCAAAGAAGCAUCUCUUCCUCCUGUGCAAACUUGGAUAAAGACUCCAGAAAUUAUGAAGGUAGAUGAAGAAGAGGUGAAGUUUCCAGGAACUAACUUUGAUGAAAUAAUCGAUGUCAUACAGGAAGAAGAAAAAUGUGAUGAAAUUCCAGACUCUGAACCAAUUCUGGAGUUUAACAGAAGUGUUAAAGCUGAUUCUACAAAAUAUAAUGGUCCUCCAUUUCCGCCAGUUGCUUCUACUUUUCAGCCCACUGCUGAUAUUCUGGAUAAAGUAAUUGAGAGAAAAGAAACACUGGAAAAUAGCUUAAUUCAAUGGGUAGAGCAAGAAAUAAUGUCAAGAAUUAUCUCUGGGCUCUUUCCAGUCCAGCAACAGAUUGCACCUAAUAUCAGUGUUUCAGUCAGUGAGACAAGUGAACCACUGACUUCUGACUUUGUGGAAGGAACAAGCAGUGGCGCCCUCCAGCUUUUUGUUGAUGCUGGUGUUCCUGUGAACUCAAAUGUGAUUAAACAUUUUGUUAACGAAGCUCUUGCUGAGACCAUUGCUGUCAUGCUGGGUGACAGAGAAGCAAAGAAGCAAGGUCCUGUUGCUACAGGUGUUUCUGGGGAUGCUUCAACAAAUGAAACAUAUUUGCCGGCAAGAUUGUGCACCCCACUGGCUACCCCACAGCCUACGCCUCCUCGCUCACCUUCAUCACCUACUAAGGAGUGUGUUUUGGUAAAGACUCCAGAUUCUUCUCCCUGUGAUUCGGAUCAUGAUAUGGCUUUUCCUGUGACAGAAAUAUGUGCUGAAAAAGGAGAUGAUAUGCCUGCCAUCAUGCUUGUUAAUACUCCAACAGUUACCCCUACUACUACACCUCCUCCAGCGGCGGCAGUUUUUACCCCAACUUUGUCAGAUAUUUCCAUUGAUAAAUUGAAGGUAUCAAGCCCAGAGCUUCCCAAGCCAUGGCGUGAUGGAGACCUGCCACUGGAAGAAGAGAACCCUAACUCACCUCAAGAAGAACUUCAUCCAAGAGCUAUUGUAAUGUCUGUGGCUAAGGAUGAAGAACCAGAGAGUAUGGAUUUCCCUGCUCAGCCUCCACCUCCAGAGCCAGUUCCCUUUAUGCCAUUUCCUGCCGGCACCAAGGCCCCUUCCCCCUCACAGAUGCCAGGUUCUGAUUCAUCAACACUGGAGAGCACAUUGAGUGUUACUGUCACUGAAACUGAAACUUUAGAUAAACCCAUCUCUGAAGGAGAGAUUUUAUUUAGCUGUGGUCAAAAAUUGGCCCCCAAGAUUUUAGAAGAUAUAGGACUGUACCUGACAAACCUUAAUGAUAGCUUAUCCAGCACUCUGCAUGAUGCCGUUGAAAUGGAGGAUGAUCCUCCUAGUGAAGGGCAAGUGAUUAGGAUGUCCCAUAAAAAAUUUCAUGCAGAUGCAAUUCUUUCUUUUGCUAAACAAAACCAGGAGUCAGCAGUUUCCCAGCAAGCAGUCUGUCAUUCAGAGGACUUGGAAAACAGUGUGGGUGAACUUAGUGAAGGACAAAGACCCCAGCUAACAGCGGCAGCAGAGAACAUCUUAAUGGGACAUUCUGUCUAUAUGCAGCCACCUGUCACUAAUACACAGUCUUUGGAUCAACAGUGUGAUCCUAAACCAUUAUCUCGGCAAUUUGACACAGUUUCAGUGAAGGCUUGGUCCAGGUGUUUUUGUUUGAAGUACACUGCUAGUUCUAAUUCAGCAGGUAGUAUUUAUGAAGAUUCAUGUGCUAGUCAUGGUCCAAUGAGUUUGGGAGAAUUGGAGUUGGAGCCAAAUUCUAAGCUGGUUCUUCCCACAACACUUCUGACAGCACAAGAAAAUGAUGUUAAUUUACCAGUAGCCGCUGAAGAUUUUUCCCAGUACCAACUAAAGCAAAAUCAGGAUGUUAAGCAAGUUGAACACAAACCAUCACAAAGUUACCUACGUGUUAGAAAUAAAUCUGAUAUUGCACCUUCACAGCAACAAGAUUUUGUGGGUUUUAUUAUUUUUUUUCUCUGAUGAAACUCUGAGACAUUGCCAAAUGUUGCAGAAAAUAGAAGUCAGAGUGCCAAAAUAAUUCUCUGGAGCUCUCAGGACUUUGGGUGACCUUGAAGGAAUUCAAUCCUCUCAUACAUAGAAACCUUGAAGAUAAUGAAGGAAAUUCACCUUAUCACAGGGGAAUUAAAACCACAUCUUUUCUAGCAGAUAAAUGCUUCCAAGAAUACUAGAACCCCAAAUUUUGGCUAUUUCAGGGGGAAGUAUCAUGUAUUUCACUUGAAAUGUGUAGUAGUUUAAUAUAUGUCUAUAAAGAAAGGAGCAGUAGCAGCUGUUUUAAUGAUCAUCCAUUAAAAAUUAACUGAAGAAUGGUAGGACACACAUUCCAGCACCAUAUUGCUAGGAACUUAGUAAAGUACUUAGUUUUUUUCCACCUUGAUUAUUACUUUCAGAUUUUAAUAUAAAAGAGAGGAAUUCAUUGUUCUGACAAAUGGUAUCUUUGGAGCCUUUAAGAGUAAAACCUUUCAAUUUGGUAUUGAAUUUAUUGGGUCUGUCUUUGACCACGUGAUAUACCACUUACCUGAUUCUAUGUACUGAUUAAUGUAUCUAACAGUUUUAUAGUGAAAGUACUUUUUAAAAAAGUAUUUGAAUGGUCAUUUCUAUUUUUCCCCCUUUGCUGUACAAGUUAAUUUUUACUCAUCUUUUGCUAUACAAAUUAACUUUCAUCAAUACAAAUAAGAGGCUAGUUUUAAGUCAAUUUAUUUGUCAUGAGCCCAGGAACAAUUAAAUUCUAUAAAGUAAUGUAUUAAAAUAGUACACUUUAAAAAUUAUUUUCCUUCUUUUUUUCUCUUUAAAUUUUAAGACCAUCAUAAUAAAUUAUCAUUACAAAGUCAAACAUACUAUAUACUACUAUCAGUCAAUGGGGAAAAAAUAAGUCAUAUGUUUUAUGGUAAAAUGCUGUGAUAGAUUGGAUUGUCAAAUUUGCUUGAAAAAAAUCACAGCAGUUUUUAGUUUUUCUUAUUUGUAGAUUACACGUUACUCAGAAAAUAAGUAUCAAAGUGCUAAAAGUAAUAGGUGUAAUUGCUGUUAUUUGUCAAAAUCAGUUUACAUUUUUGUGGGAAAUACAGAAUCACAAAUAUUUCUUUCUGGCAUUAUGUCCUGAGUUAAAUUCUAGAAAAUUUAGCACCUUUUAUACUCAUAUAGCUGUGACGAUAACUUUAAAUAUGUGAACAUUAGGAAAUUCAAAGCUUAUAUAUUCUUAGAAGCUAAUUUUGACCACGUGCGCAAAUUAUUUUUCUUUUUUAGUAGAAUGGUGCAUUUUUUGCCUUUGUAUUUGAAAUUUAGCUAAAUUACAAUAGCUAUCAGAACUACAAUUGACCUUAGUAAUUUCAAAACCAUAGUUAUAAGGGUUUUAAGUUGAUUUUUAAAAAUCUUAAGAUAUGAUAGGGAUUUCAAAACUAUGUGUGUGUAUCUCUGAUAGGGAGGGGUUGGGGCACAGACUAAUAAGUGUGCCAAAAAUCUGUGAAUCCAAAUGUGUAACAAGCAUUGUCUGAAUAAAUGUCCACAAAUCCAUGCUAUUAUUGGUUAACAAAAAAUAAAUUCACUUUGAAAUGUU